AUGUUGACUUUCGCAAUUCCACACGUCGGCUCACGCAUUUGCGAUGCUGCGAUGCUCUCAACUCAUGCUGACCAUUUUUCUUUGACACGCACAGGCUCUCUCGAACCAGCUCUUCUCUUCGAGCUCGCGGCGCGCAACAACAUCUCGUUACCCUCCCCAUCCGUCGACCCGGCCUUCGAAACCACAACCACGCUCCUGGCGCGCUACCGACGCUUCACCAGCCUCGACGACUUCCUGCACUACUACUUCAUCGGCAUGUCUGUGCUGAUCACGGCGUCGGACUUCGAGAGUUUGGGGUAUGAAUACUUCAAGCGUGCGCACGGCGACGGACUCGUGCACGCCGAAGUCUUCUUCGACCCUCAAGCCCACACGGCGCGUGGCGUGAGCUACCGCACCGUAAUCGACGGGUUCACGACGGCGCAGCGACGCGCAAAGGCCGAUUUCGGAAUCACCUCGGAGCUGAUCGUGUGCAUGCUGCGCCACCUGCCGCCCGCCGACUGCGACGCCAUGUACCGCACGGCGAUCCCGGACUUUGAGGCCGGCGUGAUCAAAGGCCUGGGCCUGGAUUCCACCGAGAAGGGCAACCCGCCGAUCUUGUUCAAGGACACGUACGCCGACGCCGAGCGCCGCGGUUUCCAGCGCACUGCUCAUGCCGGCGAAGAGGCCGGCGUCGACUACAUGGUGUCGGCGCUGCACGAUCUGCACGUCACCCGUGUGGACCAUGGCAUCAAGUUGCCGGAGGACCCGAAGGUCAUGAAGGAGUUUGCCGAUAGGAAGGUUAUGGUCACCUUGUGUCCGUUGUCGAAUGUCGAGUUGCGCUGCGUCAAGAAGGUCGCUGAGUUGCCUGUCCGCACGUAUCUGGACCAGGGCGUCCGCUUUAGCAUCAAUAGUGACGACCCGGCGUAUUUCGGCGGCUAUAUUCUCGACAACUACUGUGCUGUCCAGGACGCUUUUGGCUUGUCUAAGUCGGAAUGGGCCCGUGUGGUCACGCAGAGUAUUGAGGGAAGCUGGUGCGGUGAUGCAAGGAAAGAGGAGAUGAAGAAGAUGUUGGAUCAAGUCAUGAACAAGUUUGACUCUUGA